UCCUCUAUUGUAGAUACCAUGACAAGCCCAGAAAAAGAUCACUGCAGAAUGAAAAGUUACAAAAAUAAUGCUCUCAAUCCCCAAGAGAUGCGGCGGCGAAGAGAAGAGGAAGGUAUUCAGCUUCGGAAACAAAAGAGAGAAGAACAAUUAUUCAAACGCAGAAAUGUUUCUCUGCUGGGAAAUGAUGAGUCAAUGCAAGAAAGUCCUAUUCAGGAUCCUGAUGUCAGCUCUACUGUACCUAUACCUGAGGAAGAUGUAAUUACUUGUGAUAUGGUACAGAUGGUUUUCUCAGAUGAUCCAGACCAACAGCUUGCAGCAACCCAGAGAUUUAGAAAACUGCUUUCUAAAGAACCUAAUCCUCCAAUAGAUGAAGUCAUACAAAAACAAGGAGUUGUGCAGAGAUUUGUAAAAUUUCUAGAAAGGAAUGAUAAUUGCACUCUUCAGUUUGAAGCUGCCUGGGCUCUUACAAAUAUAGCGUCUGGAACAUUCCUCCACACCAAAGUAGUGAUUGAAACUGGAGCUGUCCCAAUUUUUAUUAAGUUGUUGAAUUCUGAACAUGAAGACGUCCAGGAGCAGGCAGUGUGGGCUCUUGGUAAUAUUGCUGGAGACAAUGCAGAAUGUAGAGAUUAUGUGUUAAGCUGUGAAAUACUUCCCCCACUUUUACAACUGCUAACAUACUCUAACAGACUUACCACAACUAGGAAUGCAGUCUGGGCCCUUUCAAAUCUCUGCAGAGGCAAAAAUCCACCUCCAGAUUUCAGUAAGGUUCGACCUUGCUUAGGUGUUCUGUCAAGACUGUUGUUUAGCAGUGACCCAGAUGUAUUAGCAGAUGCUUGCUGGGCCCUCUCUUACCUUUCAGAUGGACCUAAUGAUAAAAUCCAAGCAGUUAUUGAUUCUGGAGUCUGCCGAAGAUUAGUGGAACUUCUGAUGCACAAUGACUACAAGGUGGUAUCUCCUGCAUUAAGAGCAGUUGGAAAUAUUGUAACUGGUGAUGACAUUCAAACACAAGUAAUUCUAAAUUGCUCUGCAUUACCCUGUCUCUUACAUUUGCUGAGUAGUCCCAAGGAAUCUAUUCGGAAAGAAGCAUGCUGGACAGUUUCUAAUAUUACUGCAGGAAACAGAGCUCAGAUCCAGGCUGUCAUAGAUGCAAAUAUAUUUCCAGUACUGAUUGAAAUUCUUCAGAAAGCUGAAUUUCGUACUAUCAAGGAAGCAGCCUGGGCCAUCACUAAUGCAACAUCAGGAGGGACUCAUGAACAGAUCAGCUACUUGGUGGCAUUAGGUUGUACCAAACCUCUCUGUGAUCUUCUGACUGUGAUGGAUUCUAAAAUAGUCCAAGUGGCACUGAAUGGACUUGAAAACAUUCUACGACAUGGAGAACAAGAAUCUAAGCAAAGUGGAAUUGGAGUUAAUCCUUACUGUGCCCGUAUAGAGGAGGCAUAUGGACUAGAUAAAAUUGAAAUUCUUCAGAGUCAUGAAAACCAGGAGAUCUACCAAAAAGCAUUUGAUCUUAUUGAACAUUACUUUGGCGUGGAAGAGGAGGAUGCCAAUAUUGUUCCACAAGUGGAUGAAAAUGAGCAGCAAUUUCUGUUUCAGCAGCAGGAAGCUCCAAUGGAGGGAUUUCAGUUGUAACUGUUAAAAUAAAUGCAAAUUCUGUAGCUCCUUAUGCAGACCUCAGCUUGCUGGCUAGCUACAAGGAAGAUAAGAAUGCUCUGCUGAAGACAGAUAAAGAAGCAGCUCAUGCACUUGAGUUUUCUGUCAGAUGCAACUUUUUGUUCAUUUUUUAUUUGUGUGUGAUUCCA